GCGUGGCAGUGCGAACUAUGAGGAGGAUGCUACGAGGAUGAAGGGUGACUAGGACAGGUUGGGUGAGUGGGCAGAUGCAGUUUAAUGUUUAACUGACCCCUCCCUCAUGCGAGAUUAGUUGGGAGCGGCCAGGACACUGAACACUCAAUACUUGCAGCUAAAUAACAUUAAUUCCACGAGACGGCAGCGCGCGCAGUGGAAAACUACCCAAUCCAUUCACCUCUUGAUCCCAUGCACUUCAGCCUCCAGUGCUCCAAUCAAUUACUGCAGGGCGUCAGCAGUUUCAGCGAAUGGGAAUGCGUUUUCAACCAGUGGGUGGUUAAAAUCAAAUGUUAAAAUGGCUUCGAAAGACCCGGUCGAAAGUUUAACCGAGGACGCAGUUUGUCCCAUCUGCAUGGAUUUCUUCACCGAUCCGGUGGCACUGGAGUGUGGGCACAACUUCUGCCGCUCCUGUAUCACACAGAGUUGGGACAGGGAGGAGAGAAUCUCCUGCCCGGAAUGUAGAGAGGAGUUUACAGACCGCACCAACAGCGUGAGUCGGACCUUCGCGAGACUGUCUGAGAAAGCUCGAACACUGAGCGUGAAUCGGACAGAGAAGGAAAGUAAACUUCAGUGCGAGGAACAUCAGGAAGAACUGAAGCUGUUUUGUGAAACUGACAAGAAGCUGAUCUGUGUAAUUUGUGCAGCUGGGCGGGAACACAGAGAUCACCGCUUCAUGCCGGUUAAAGAAGCUGUUGAAACCUACAAGGAUCAGGUGAAAUCUUCCAUCCAGUCUCUUACAAAAAAGAAAUCAGGGAUCCAGCGAACGGAGCAGCAACAGAAACAGAAGAUUUCUGGAGUUGUGGAUCAGGUGAAAUCUUCCAUCCAGUCUCUUACAAAAAAGCAAUCAGGGAUCCAGCGAAUGGAGCAGCAACAGAAACAGAAGAUUUCUGGAGUUCUGGAACAGUCACACAACCUUCAGUCCAAGAUCACAUCCCAGUAUGCUGAACUGCACCAGAUUCUCACUGAGAAAGAGCAACGCACACUGGCAGAUAUACGGGAGGAAGAGAAGAAGAUUUUGAAUACAAUGGAGAAAAAUCUUCAAAAGAUUCAAGAGAAUUUAAGUUCCAUUCAGGAGGAACUCGUAAAGUUGCAGCAACAGAUGGAUCGAAAAGACUGUGUUGUGUUUCUGAAGGAGGAAGCUGGUCGCAAGCGAAGGGUUCGUGAUGUAGCCAAACCACUGUCGGUGGUAGAUGAAGCCUUGUCGAUUGAAAAGUUUAAUUGCCCUGUUUCGUUCAACACGGCAUUCAAAGAAACAUCUGAUUACUUCAAGCAAGUCUCAGUCACCCUGGAUGUGGAAACAGCGCAUCCGUGGCUCGAAGUGUCUGAGGAUCGGAAGAGGGUGAGAUGGACCAGGACCCAGAGGAGUCUCCCUGACACCGGGAAGAGGUUUACAUACUGGGAAUGUGUGCUGGGAUCGGAGGGAUUCACAUCGGGGAGACAUUACUGGGAGGUGGAGGUGGCGGAGAGUCGGUUCUGGAGUCUGGGAGUCGCCGCAGAGUCUGUGGAGAGGAAGAGAGGGGUCACACUGACCCCGGAGACUGGAGUCUGGAGCAUCGGAUGGUGGCUGGGUGACAGGUUUGAUGCAUUCACCUCCCCUCCAUCCCGUCUCCCCGCCCGUCCCAUCCCCCGGACGCUGGGAGUUUAUCUCAAUUACGAGUCCGGGACAGUUUCAUUUUACGACGCGGACACCAAGUCCCAUCUCUACACCUUCACUGGGAAUAAAUUCACGGAGAAACUUUAUCCUUUCUUCUGGACUUGGGAUAGAAACAACUGGCUGAGAAUCUGCUCCGGUUCCGCUCCGGGUGUGUAAAAUAAAAUGUAAAUGUGGGAGUUGAAAUAAACAGCCACUGAAAUCAGA